AUGGCUGGCCUAUUCGAUAUCGAAUCCCACCUCAUUUUCUACCGUAAGUAUCACUUCAACAGCACAAAUGUAGCUAUUCAUCUAGUGUGCAUCCCAUUGAUCCUACUUUCGACAAUCUGUAUGACCAUCGGAGUGCCAAUUUUAGCAGAUUACCCAUAUUUGACGCUCGGAGUGGCUGUAGCUUGGCUAUAUGGUGUAUACUAUGUGCUUUUGGACUGGCAAUUGGGUGUUCCCCUGAUGCUUUUUCUCACUACCUUUGCUCACUACCAAAGAACCCAUUACAGCACUUUGAGCAACCUAACAAUGCUUCUGCCCUCGCAAUACCGCUCAAUUGCAAUUGCUGUUCAUGUGGCAUGCUGGCUAGCUCAAUUUUAUGGCCAUGCGGUCCAUGAGAAGAGGGCACCUGCUCUAUUUGACAACUUGCUCCAGGCUCUAGUGCUUGCGCCCUUUUUUGUAGUCUACGAAGUGGCCUUCUGGAUGGGCUUCAAGUUGGACUUGCAAAAGAGAAUGAACAACGCUGCCGGUCGUGAGGUCCACAGAAUGAAUGCUGAGGCCAAGGCUGAGCAGCACAAGAAAGAGCACUGA